CUGUCCUGCAAACAUCGUCCCAUCAUUCCUCCUCGUAGCGGUGCGAGGGCAGGGCAGAUAGAAGCAUGCAGUAUGGCAGUGCUGUCGGCUUGGCCGAGCAGGUCGUUCACAAUGUCGGAAUGGCGAGAGCAGCAUUGCCGAGCUGCACAGCCGAUGAUGGUAAGAGCUCUUCCAUAGCAGGUGAGAAGGAAUCCCCAUGUCUCCAACUCAUCUCUGGCACCAUCUUCGACCACUUCGUCGAUACACUCCAAAGCGGCAUACAACAGCGCGAGCCUUUCGCGCCACCGCUGCCGCCACAAUGCGCAUCCCAUACGCUCCCUCCGAACCGCCCGCGGACUCCACCGAGGAGACCAAAGCAAUAUACCAUCGCAUCGCGGAACGACGGAAACCACGACCUCUGAUUCCCCUCGAUCUCGCUCUUCUCCAUAAUCCGGCGAUUGCAGAUGGCUACAAUUCCUUGCUGGGAGCCAUUCGUACCAAGUCUUCGUUUCCAUUAGAGCUGGCAGAAUUGGCCAUCUGCUACAUCGCCGUGCUGAACACCGCAACGUAUGAGUGGACUGCACAUGCUCCCAUCUAUUUGAAAGCAGGCGGCAAGCGGGAGAAGCUGGAGGUGGUUCUCAAGGGCGACGUCCGUAACGAGUCGGUGCUCAGUGAAGAGGAGAGAGAUGUACUGGCUUUCACCGAGCAGAGUACGAGAAACAUCAAGGUCGAAGACGAUCUGUUCGCCAAGAUCAAGGAGCGGUACACGGAUCAGCAGGUCAUGGAGCUUACCAUUACCAUCGGAGGUUACAACAUGGUCAGCCGGUUCCUGGUAGGUCUGGACGUCACAGAGAGCAAUGGCAAGGAAAUGGUGCUGCCGCCGGCAUAAAUUUGCACAACACACCCAGCUUUCCAGGACCACAACCUGACGCAUAGUCACUUGAGAUCUAUGCACCCGCGGAAGAAUUUGCACUACAUGUGUCAUGCACGCAGCACGCCAGGAUGUUCAGUCUCACAAUGGGCGGGACGCUUCAGUGGCAGCAGAGCACUUACGCCAAGCUUCUUCUCUCAACUCAACGCAAGGCGCUAGGUGCAGGGGGUUGAUGAAACGAAGAGAGCCUCUGAGGCUGCAACUGGUUGUUAUGUGGCUGUAUGGUCGUAUGGAAGCUGCGCCCGCUGCUGUGGCUGUGAAGUUGACAACCGAACGUAGGCGAUGGGCGGCUAAAUUAUAUUACUCUAUGUUGAUAUUCGCCGCAAUUCUGUGACUUGCAC